AUGCUUGCUCGUCACUUCGUUCGUCCUGCAACUACGCGCGCUGUUGCUGCUCGUGCUGCUCAUCGCACCAUGGCUGCACGUGCUGGAAGCUCCUUUGUAAAGUACAACUGGCAAGAUCCCCUUAAUCUCGACAAGCUUUUGACCGACGAAGAACGCAUGGUCAGAGAUGCUGCCCACGAUUACUGCCAGGAAAAGCUUAUGCCUCGUGUCCUUGAAGGCUAUCGCAACGAACACUUUGACCGCGACAUGAUGAGCGAAAUGGGUGAGCUUGGUUUCCUCGGCUCCACUAUUGAUGGAUAUGGUUGUGCCGGUGUAUCUUCGGUCUCAUAUGGCUUGACAGCUCGUGAAGUCGAAAGAGUCGAUUCUGGUUACCGCUCUGCCAUGUCUGUGCAGUCUUCUCUUGUCAUGCAUCCCAUCAAUGCUUAUGGUACAGACGCACAAAAGGAAAAGUAUUUGCCUGAUCUCGCAAAGGGCAAGAUUAUCGGCUGCUUUGGUUUGACUGAACCCAACCAUGGCUCUGAUCCCGCUGGCAUGGAGACUACAGCCAAAAAGGUCAAUGGUCAUUACGUUUUGAACGGCAGCAAGACUUGGAUCACCAACUCUCCUAUUGCCGAUGUCUUCAUUGUAUGGGCCAAGAAUUUGGAGGAGGAUGGUGCUAUCCGUGGUUUCAUUCUUGAGAAGGGCAUGAAGGGUUUGGAGGCUCCUGCUAUCAAGGGCAAGUUCUCUCUACGUGCAUCAAUCACUGGUAUGAUCAUGAUGGACAAUGUAGAAGUCCCUGUCGACAACAUGCUGCCCGCCGUUAAGGGUCUCAAGGGUCCAUUCGGUUGCUUGAAUAAUGCACGUUACGGUAUUGCAUGGGGUGCUCUCGGUGCCGCUGAAGCAUGCGUGAGCGUUGCACGUGACUAUACUCUCGAUCGCAAGCAGUUUGGCAAGCCCCUUGCUAGCCGUCAAUUGAUCCAAAAGAAGCUUGCUGAUGCCCACACCGAAAUUGCCAUUGGUUUACAAGCCUGUAUCCAAGUGGGUCGUCUCAAGGAUUCCAACGAACUUGCACCAGAAAUGAUUUCCAUGAUCAAGCGCAACUCUUGUGGCAAGGCUUUGAACAUUGCUCGCGAUUGCCGUGAUAUGUUGGGUGGUAACGGUAUCUCGGAUGAGUAUCACAUCAUUCGACAUGCUGCAAAUCUCGAGGCGGUUAAUACAUACGAGGGAACUAAUGACAUCCAUGCCCUCAUCCUUGGCAAGGCUAUCACCGGUCUCCCAGCAUUUGUAUGA